GAGAGAAGAACCAUUUGGAGAAAGGAAGAAGGCUCGGCAUAGGUAGAAAGUCAGGUGGAAACAGACCGAGACAGAUCAACACACAUAGACAGGGGGACAAACAGUCAGUCGGACAAGCAAACAAAACGACAGGCAAACAGAGGGAGAGACAGACUGACACACAGAAGACAGAAUGACACCUUCAGUGAGCUACGAUGGCCUGACCUGGACAACCAGUAGGAAGCAGCUGACCCUGACCUUCAUGAUGCCUGCUGGAGCUGAGGCCUGUGCUCUCAAGCAGGCCCCCUGAUCGGCGCAGCCAUGCUAGGGAAGCUGCGUCUGGUCCGCCUGCUUCUGGAGGGAGGGGCCCAGGUCAAUGAGCGAAGCCCCAGAGGGGAGACCCCUCUCCUGGCUGCCUGUAAGGCCCUGAGAGGGGAGCCCACUGGGCCUGGGACAGUGAAGCUCCUCAGCUACCUCCUACAGAACCAGGCGGACCCUAACGCACAGGACCGCAUGGGUCGCACCCCUCUGAUGUACGCCUGCAUGGAGCGAGCGGGGGCUCAGGUGGCCUCCACCCUCCUCUCAGCCGGGGCUGACCCCAGCAUGGAGGACUACUCUGGGGCCUCAGCCCUGGUCUACGCCAUCAACGCCCAGAAGCAGGCGACACUGAAGGUGUUGGUGGAUUCUUGCCAUGCCAGUGGCCGUGACAUCAUCAUCAUCGCCACGGAGAUGGGAGUGAGCGGCGGGCCCGUGACCCGGCAAUACCUCAACGUCCCCCCGUCCCCCAACACGUCCCCCAACACGUCACCCGUCAGCUGCAUGUCUCCCUCGGAUAUCAUCCUCAAGACCGGGUCCCCUAACUCAGCAGAGUCGGAGAACAUCUUCAACUUCAGGGGAACAGGUAAGAGAGGGAGCACUAGUAUGUUUAGCGCUGAGCCCAGUCCAGAGGAACGGCCUGGUGCCCUCCAACCCAGACAGAGAAUGUUGUCCGAACCCUGGCUGGCCAUUCACAAUCUGGCCCGCCUGAACAAGGCUUAUGAGGAGGGGCAGAGAGAGAGGAGCGUUCUGGAGGAGGGAGACGUAGGUCAAGAAGGAGGAGGGGACGAUGGGGAGAAGGGGAUCGAGGAGGAGUGGAGGAAAUAUGUUCAUCCCCACCGAGAGGGAAGGAGGGAAAGUCGCGUAAAAGAGGGAGAAAGAGAUGGAGGACAGAACCUACAUAAGCACCUCAAGGACCGUUCUUCGGGGGCUUCCCGUCCACUCUUCUCCCCCACGAAGGAGUGCCAAACCCAGGCAGCGGAGGGCAAACUGACCCCGGAGAGGAAGUUAAACCCUGGCGCUUUGACCUCAGACAAAGCACACUCUUGGAAGAGCUCCGUGGACAAGCUGCCCCCAUGCCCCUCCUCUCGCAGCCACGGUCGAAGGAACACCCUCCCCUCGCUGACGGUCAUCCCACCCACCCUCCACCUACCUCCCCUCAUCCACCAGGCCUCAUGGACCUCAGACUCUCACCUGCAGAUUCCCGCCCCGGUGGCCCCACGCAGAGGGCUGACGCAUCCUGCUCACCCUCCCUCUCCUUGUACAAGACCUCCUCCAAGACCAUCCUUUCUUCCCCCCCUUCCCCUAACCACCCCAUGCUUCGCCCCCCCUCUACCCCUCUCUGGUGAACGAGGCAGGAGGUCUCCCCGCCGCCACUCGGUCCAGCUGGAGCAGUAGGGAGGGGAGGAGAGGAAGAGGAGGACCUCAUGGGACCGGAGCGGAACAGAAGGCCUCUGCCACGUCACAUGGCCAUCUGUACACACAAAGCUUUACUCAUGCACAGGGUCUUUUCCCGUGAGUGGGCCUGUUCUGUUUUCUUUGAAUAAAUGGUUUCUUGUGUGAGAAAUUAGAGCUUUAUUCUGGUCAUUGGAGUAUCUUUUAUAAUAUGCACAGCAAAUGACAAAAGGUUUGCCUUAAAAUGUAGCACUGCAUUUAUACUUAUGGAGGGAAGCAGCGUUUAGGCACUAAAAGAAACAUGUCGCGGCUAAAAGGAGUGAAGUCAUUUUUAUUUGUUUUUAAUAUGUAUCUACAACAAGGGGGACACAGGCAAAAACGACUGGCGACUUCAUGGGGAAAAAUAAAAGAAAAAAUAUGGAGAAAAAAAAAAGAAUUACAUUUAUUAUCGAUGCAUUUUUUCCCCACCUUUUUUCAAUAAGCAACAUUUUCUGUCUAAAGAAACUUUACAAUAUAAAGGAACAUACAAAGAGGAACCUCUUAUUUUACUACACAAGACAUUUAGGAUCUGAAACUACCCUAACAUGAGAUACAAAGCACCCACCAGGACAGCCUGCCUCAUAUUCAAUACUGCUUUGUCGUCAGAGGAAAACGAGGAACAGAACAGAAAGAAUCUUUCCUCACCCCGUCCUUCCCCCUCCCCUCAACCCUCUCUCUGGCCAUCCCCCUGAAUGUUACAGUAUUAUACAUCAGCACGAUAGAAAUACAGAAAUGAUCAACGGUGUGACAGAUUUACUUACAGAACAGGAAGAGAGAGAGCGAGAGAUAGAGAGAAAGAAAGAGAGA